GACGGGGGCUCGGGUGGGAUGUGGAUAGUGUUUGGAUUAUGGCGGAAUGACGCCUGAUGUGCCGAUCCAGCUGAGCCCGCUCUUAUUCAUAAAUGCAAAUCAUUUCUGAGCUCGUCGACUGCAAAACUUGAAGAACGGACCUGGACAGUUUACAACGCAGCUUUAAAAACGUGAAAAUGCUGCACGCGGGUUUUUGACAUCAAUCAUUUAAAAGCCCAGCUUGUGGUCCAAAUGUAAACCAAAGGUCGGCCCGGCCCCCCAUCAAAAAUUGAGUAGGCCAAAAUGGAAUCUGCAGCCACUCCCAAACUCAAGAACAGGGUUGAUGUUGUUGUUAGACAUCGACAUUCAAAGGGAAUAAUAUGUUAUUCACAUUUUCUGACCUCGAAAUGUAAGAUUGAUGUCAAGCGAGUGUCUACUAUAUGCAUAUCAGAUUGUAUUUGAACAUAGCAUAGCAAUGUAUUGAUAUCGUCAUGCGUAAAUUGCACUUUGCUCACUAACCGUUUUCUGAUUUGCUAGGCAGCAAUGAAUAUUUCAUAAUCCAGCCUCGAAACGGUCUGUAGUUAAAAAUCCAUUUAAGGGGAAAACAAAUGAAAAUAAGUGUUGUUAACAAUCCUGCCAAAUUGUAAUGAUGAAGAGCACACAAAAAAAGCACAAAGUAUAUAAAAUGAGGCUGGGAAAUUGUGAAAAAUCGGGUCGUUAUUGAGCCAGUACUACAACCUGGGAAAACGGAUGCUACUUCAUCUAGGAUUUGAGUUUGAGUCCCAAAAAUAUGUCCGCUUAGAGGGUCCGGUGGCUGAAACAUAUUCUAAUGCGGACGUGCCAGCAGACUAUCGAAAGGGAAAAUGCAUUUCGACAUGUAGGCUAGCGAGCUGACUACAAAUCGCAAGUGCUCCAGAUAACCGCCGAUACAAAAAAAAGCAGUCGAGAUGUUAGAAAUUGGGGAAGCAGCGACUCGCCCGCAUCAAAAAUCUGGAAAAUUGAAAUAGUCGUUAACAUGUCAAAUGCUAUAUCAACACAGCGGGGUACCACAUAGUUCUAGCAUAGUUUGGAAUUGAACCAACGUUUCGGGAAAACCUUUUGCCUCUAAAGUGAGAGCACAUCUACUAUAUAAUAAUACUCCAGUUCAGUGACUUUAUGAAGAAUUUACCGUCUUUUCUCUGUACUUCUAUUUUGCGAUGCUCCCACAGAAAUCGGUCAGUGAAGACAAAACCCCAAAACAUAAAACUCCUUUUACUAUUAAUUGCCCCCCACCCUAAACAAAAAAAUCUAAUAAACAUGUCAGUAAUUGCGCAGUGGAAAUAUAUUUACCUGUAUUGUCUAACUGUGCCUUUAGAGAUGAUCAGUGCUUCAUAUCUGAAUCAGAAUGCGGAACAGGACACGGAGGGCAUGUGUGCCGUGUUCAGAAUGGAGGACAUCAAACAUGCCGGAGGGCAGAGGCUAGCUAGCCGUGUCAACGCUUAUGUAAUAACACUUGUCCUGAGCAUAAAAAUGAGGAGUGGAUCCCGCCUGGAGAAAGUUCGUUUUUUUUUUUUGGGUGUGUGUUUUCCACUCACGUCGGAGCACGGCUGCGUGUCUCCGCGACCGUCGCUGAUGUGUGGGAUGUUCCUCCAAGCCGCGGGGGUCCUACUUUAGGAUCUGAAGUUUGUGCUGUAGGCGAGCCACAUCUGCGACGGCGACGGCGGUGGCGGCGGCGGGUGUGAGGCGCGCAAAACAAAGACAUCCGAAAUGAAGAAGUUCCGGAAGGUGCUGGACGGCUUGACCACCUCGUCCCCGGGCGGCGGGACUAUUGGAUCGCCGUCGUGCGGGAGCGCCGCCGGGACCCCCACCGCCGCGGCGCCGACCCCCAAAGAGAUCGACGUGCAAGAGACGCUCGUGUCGGAAAACUUUCAGCUGUGUAAGACGGUGCGCCACGGGUUCCCCUACCAGCCCACGGCUUUGGCCUUCGACCCCGUGCAGAAGAUCCUGGCCAUCGGCUCCAGAUCAGGUGGUGUUCGGAUACUGGGACGACCCGGGGUUGACUGCUUUUGUCAGCACGAGAGCGGCGCAGCGGUUCUUCAACUUCAGUUUCUGAUCAAUGAGGGCGCGUUAGUCACGGCCUGCGCAGAUGACACGUUGCACUUGUGGAAUCUUCGUCAGAGGCGGCCAGCGAUCCUGCAUUCGCUCAAGUUCAACAGAGAAAGGAUCACAUUUUGCCACCUUCCCUUUCAGAGCAAAUGGCUCUAUGUCGGGACGGAGCGCGGCAACACGCACAUCGUCAACAUCGAGUCCUUCAUUUUGUCCGGAUAUGUCAUCAUGUGGAACAAAGCCAUCGAACUCUCAACUAAAACUCAUCCAGGACCCGUAGUUCACUUGAGUGACAGCCCGAAGGAUGAAGGCAAGCUUCUGGUCGGGUUCGAGAGCGGUACAAUAGUACAGUGGGACCUCAGGGCCAAAAAGGCGGAUUUCCGAAUCUACUACGAUGAGGCCAUCCACUCAGUCAGCUGGCAUCAUGAAGGCAAACAGUUUAUGUGCAGCCACUCAGACGGCAGCCUGACCCUGUGGAACCUUAGAAACACCUCCAAGCCUAUCCAGGUCACUUUCCCGCAUGGUAAAAUACAGAAAGAUGGGAGGAAGGAAUCAUGUAAACCGAUAUUGAAAGUGGACUAUAAGACCUCAAGGAACAGUGAGCCUUUUAUCAUCUUCUCUGGAGGUCUCUCGUACGACAAGGCAGGACGGCGGCCCACGUUAACCAUCAUGCACGGCAAGGCCAUUACGGUGCUGGAGAUGGACUACGCUAUUGUCGAGUUCAUGACUCUUUGUGAGACUCCUUACAAUAACGAAGUCCAGGAUCCUUAUGCGGUGGUGGUGCUUUUAGAAAAGGAUUUAAUAGUGGUGGACCUGACGCAGAGCAAGAGCGGCGAGAUUACCCGGAACCCUCCGAGGGACGAGACUAAUUACGAGAGAAAUAAAGACAGAACAAAGGAGGCCCAUUCAGACAUUCACGUCUGUUCUGUUUGCGAUUUCCGCAGCUUCCCCGUCUUUGAGAACCCUUACCCCAUGGACAUCCACGAGUCUCCAGUUACAUGCACGGCUUAUUUUGCCGACUGCCCUCCAGACAUCAUCCCUGUCCUCUACUCCAUAGGAGCUAAACACAAGAAGACCGGCUUCAGUCAAAAGGAGUGGCCAGUUAGUGGGGGAAUGUGGACGUUGGGCUCGCACACCUACCCGGAGAUCAUCAUCACUGGACAUGCAGAUGGCUCGAUCAAGUUUUGGGACGCAUCUGCAAUUACACUGCAGAUGUUGUACAAGUUGAAGACUUCCAAAGUGUUUGAAAAGCCAAAACCCAGCGAGGGGCGCGCAGCGGAGCUGGCGGAUGACGACCCCUUUGCGGUGCAAAUGGUCAACUGGUGCCCCCAAAGUCGGAUCUUUUGCGUCGUGGGGAUCUCGGCCCACAUCAUCCUGUACCGCUUCAGCAAAUAUGAUGCCAACACCCAGAUUGUGUCUCUAGAGGUGCGACUGCAAUGCGAUCCGGAGGAUGUCAUCUCGCCAUCUGAAAAUGAAAACAAUCCCUGCUUCUCAGAGCCUCACUCGGGCUCCCACUCCCCUCAGGCCCAUCACCAACACCCAGUGAGCCCCGCCGGCGGAACACCGGAGUCUUUCAAAGACAGCACCCCCUGCCUUAAAGUAAAGGAUCGGGUGGUGCGGGUACCGCCUGGCUACCAAGCAGAGCUCGUGAUCCAGCUGCCUUGGAUCGAUGGAGAACCUCCACAGCAGAUUUCAAGCCUGGACAUCAACUCCGCCUAUGGCCUUUUGGCGUUCGGGAACUGUAACGGCCUUGCGGUGGUCGACUACUUGCAGAAAACUGUCCUGUUGUGCAUGUCCACUCUGGAUUUGUACGGAGCCGCCGAUCCCUAUCAACGCCUUACCCGCUCCCCCCGUAGGAACCGACAGUCCACCUCAGGCCUUACUGAACUAUCUGACAACCAGCAGUCUGUUGACAUGGAGAGAAGCAAGUCGCCCACCUCAGUUCAUUACCCAACCUCCCUUCACAAUGACCCACGUGUCCUGCCAGAGCCCGUGGCCAGUCUGAGAGCCAGCCACUGCAGCCCAGUCUUUUACUUAUUGGACAAUGUAAAGGGACCCGGCAGAAAGUUAAGUCUGCCAACAGAUCUUAAGACCAAUCUUGAUCAUGUGAAUGGACAUUGCACUAGUCCCACCUCCCAGCCCUGCUCGGCGGGGAAGCCUCGCGUCCCGAUGGGUCCCGAGGGGCCACGGCUUGCCCGCAGAGGCCCUGGCCGACCGCCGUUCCGCAAGGCCCAGUCUGCUGCUUGCAUGGAGAUCUCUUUGCCUGUGUCCCACACGGAAGGUUAUGCAUCCAGGAGGGCAAUGCUCCAGCAGUUACACGGAGUCACAAUGUACUCUCACGACGAGCACCACACCGCCACCCCCUACUGCUGGAGUGACAGAGAGAGCCGCGAAAACUCCUUCAGUCGCUCGCGCAGCUCCAGUGUCUCCAGCAUUGACCGAGAGACCAAAGAGGCAAUCACCGUGCUGCAGUUUGGGGAAUCCUUCGGGAGAAAGAGCGACACUUUGCCCACACCAUGUCUUUGGGUUGGUACCAGCCUUGGUGUUAUCAUACUCAUUCCAAUGUCCAUCCCCACUGACCAGGAGGAAAGGAUGGAGGAGCCGGUCACUAUUGGUCCCUGUGGGGCAGUUCUGAUGCUAAAGGGCUCCGUGUUGCGCUUUGGCUUCUUGGACUGCACGGGCGCGCACAUUCAAAGCCCCUACGAGGUUUGGCGCGAUCUCAACGCCCCUGAAGACCCCGACCGGCCACGAAAGCGCAAGCUGGUGCACUACUCGCCCUCGUCCUCCCAGGACACCUGCGGAGAGGGACAUCUGGCCAUCGUGUGCUCUGAGAGGCAGGCCAAAGUGUUCUUGAUGCCCUCGCAGUCUUGCCUCUUCGUCCACAACAUCACGGAGUCGUCCUUCGUCCUGCGGGCCGACGUGGUGUCCGUGUGUAACAGUGUGUGCCUCGCCUGCUUCUGUGCCAACGGGCACGUCAUGACGCUCAGUUUGCCAAGUCUAAGACCGCUGAUGGAUGUUAAUUACCUGCCUCUGACAGACAUGCGCAUUGCCAGAACCUUUUGCUUCACCAAUGGGGGACAGGCGCUCUAUCUCAGCUCCCCGACAGAGAUCCAGAGAAUUACAUACAGCCAGGAAAUGUAUGACAAUCUGCAGGAAAUGCUUGGAGAGCUGUUUACGCCAACAGAAACACCAGAGGCCCAGAACAGAGGCUUCUUAAAGGGCUUCUUCGGGGGAAACGCUCACACAUUCGACCGAGAGGAGCUUUUUGGGGAGGCAGCGGCGGGUAAGGCCUCCCGGAGUCUCGCCCAACACAUUCCCGGUCAGGGGGGCGUGGAGGGCAUGAAGGUGGCGGCUAGCGGGGCGGUGGGCGAGCUGGCCAGGGCCCGCAUCGCUCUGGACGAGAGAGGCCAGAGACUUGGCGAGCUGGAGGAGAGAACUGCGCUGAUGAUGACCAGUGCAGAAAGUUUCUCCAAGCAUGCUCACGAGCUCAUGUUAAAGUGCAAGGACAAGAAGUGGUACCAGUUCUAAUCCCGAGAGACAAACGAGGCCGGCUGCUGGAUUUCUGGUGGGGGGUCUUGGCGCCCGGGCAGGAAUUUUAACUCCGAUGAGAGCAAAUAACAGAGAGACUGAAGAUUGACUUUCUCUUUACGGCUUCUGAGCCAAGUGUGCCGCGUUGUUGCACAGUAAUGGGAAGAGGGAGCUCCUCAUUUGAUCGGUUUCCGAGAAAGACGGGGAGAAACGGGACGGGAGCAUUUAGAGGACUGGAUGUGCGCGUAUGUGUGUGAGUGCCUGUGCGUGUGUGUGUGUGUUCUGGCCAGGUUUGGUUUUCUGGACCUCACCGUGUAGAUAUUCAGCAAUUAAGAAAUCAACAAGACGUGCAUGAAAUUUAAAAAAAGAAAAACAAAAAAAGGAAUGACUCAAACUAUCAAACUGCCAUAUUAAAAAGCAGCAUGCUUACUUUAAUGCUACUUUAACAGGAGAUUCUAUUAUUAUUAUUUUUAUUUAAUAAUAUAUCCAACGAUGGAAACGAUGAAAAAAAACUUUCUAUUUUUUGAAAUAUUGACAAAAUCUAUAUAUAAAAAAAAAAAACAAAUGUAUACCUGCAUCGCUAUUAAGCCAAAACUUGUGUUCCUUUCCUUUUGACUUUUUUUCCAGCAAAUAUUUCUCGACACGAUUUAAUUGCACAUAGCGUUCUCUUCACAUACUGAAAUAAUACUACAACUGUUCAUAAGAGGGACUUUUGGCUGCAUUUUAGUGAAAUCGCGAAGGGAUUUUGCUAAUUAAUUCAUUGAGUUUACAUUUGGGCUGCUGCUACUUUCAAAUGCAAUCAGUGAUGAGGCUUUGUGCCACUCCCCUAUCGCAGUUUAUAAUACAGAAAAGAAUAGUUUGAGAUGUAUGCGAAGGUUUGAAGAACAUACUGGAUCUUGGAAUAAAUCUAUAUUAAUGUGCCAUAAAAAAGCAAGAUGAGUGCAAAAAGAGCUAAUAACAGGUGGUUGGCAUUUGUUUCCUGUUGCAAACAGAUGAAACGCCAAUGGAUGUUUUAAGUAUUCCAGCAUUUACUGGAGUCCUAAAAAUCAUAUUUUACCUUCAUAAAACAACCCUUAAGAGAUUUACAAUUACGUCAAUGGUUCACAAUUUGGGUCUCUGGCUUAUCAAUGCCAAAUGUGCAACUUUAGUGGGAAAUUAGGAUGUGUGUAUGUGGAAGAAUGAGUGCCACACAGGAAAAAAAAUGAUAAUACAAAAAUACAAUACACUAAGUCUCUGCCAAAGGAAUUUAAAAAAAAAAAAGGACUACCACCCUGUCAUAUCUCUCCAAUUCAGAUGUUAAAAGUUGUGACUUGUUGUAUUUUCAGGAUUUUAAUGGACCUGCGUUGUUCAUAACAGUGAUUGUUGCUGUCACCGCGAUGGCGGUGCAAAGAGGAGUCGGCAUCGCCAUCCGUCCGGCCGACUUCCUCGUGAGUCGUUUAUCAGUAAAUGGUUCACAAAAAAAGACAAAAAAAAAAUGAAUAAACAACAGUAUUUUUCCAGUACUAUUCAGAUGUGAGUCAGUGAAGAUGUUCAUGUGUAAAACAGCAGCAAUUUCAACUAAAGGCAACUGUGUUACUUUGAUUUCAUUCAGUAUUGUUCUUGAUGAUUAUGGUAUCCUCUUGUCGCAGUCCUAUAUUUGAUGGUGACGGCCUCCCAAAAUGGAGGCUCUUGUGUGUGAAAAACAACAAAACGUUUCAUGAUACAUGGUGGUGUAUCAUAUUGUGAUUGUGCUGUACAUGUCAGUGCCAAGCGACACGAGCCGGCGGCAUUGAGUGAAGAGGAUCUUUUGUACCGUGUAUUUGUCUGUAUUUUAAAAUGAUAAAAGGGGGUGGGGGUGGGGAUCUCUUGACACAUCAGGCCUUUUAUGCACACGUGCGUCGACAAAAAUUAAUCACUGCGCCUCGAUUAUGUUAUCACGCCCGCUUUUAGGUGCACAAACACACACGCAAAGCAAAGAGGAAAAAUAACCGCGGUGAUGUUUAAUUGCAUUAGUUGACAUUUAAAAACUGCUUUUCAGGCUCAAAUUUAAUUGAUGAGCCACACGCGUUCGCCAUUAGCAUUUAUUUUGAUUCAGCGAGACAUCUUAAACAUCAAAAAUAUUUCUCUGUACCUUCAAUUAAAUUUAUGUUCCACAUUGAAAGACAGAGAAAAGGUAAAAAGAAAAAACAACGUGACUCUACUGACAGGGUUGUAUUUAUAUGUUUUGUUUUUGUUUAUUUAUAAUAAUUGUACUUUUGAAUUUUGGGUGGAGCAAACAAAUAUAUCAUACAGAUGGGGUAUUUUUUUUUCCUACAUAUGUUGUACCUGUCACUGCUGGUACCCCGAAUCUGUCAAAACCACUGAAACUCUUGUUCUUCACAUAUCCUUGAAAAAAAAAAAAAAAAAACAUUUCUCUUUUUUUUUCGCGAUGAUGGCAGCAAAGUUUGUCUUAUUAAAAUUGAUUCUACCACUUUUUUCUUCUUAUGAAUAUUAUACUAGUGUAAUAGAGAUUACUUGACUAAAAGAGCUGAACAUAUGUUGAU